AUGGGCCGUAGAAAAUCAUUAAGAAGCCAAAUUUUAAUUCGUCAUUUACCUCAAGAAGAAGCUGAUUCAAAUGAUGAAUCAGAUAGCAGCGACAUUGAUGAAGAACAGACGUAUGGUAUAUGGACUGAAAAACCAUUUCAAACUGAGGCAGGACGAUCUUAUUACCGGAAAUUACAGAGAGAUGGCAUUAUAUACCGUUUAGGUGAUGAUAUUACUGUAAACGAUGGGGAUUCUAGCUUCUAUGUUGGUGUUAUUACAGAGUUAUACGACAAAGCGAUCACUAAACAUUCGGGAGAGAAAUACUAUGAAGCUAUAUGGUAUAGCAGAGCAGUUGCAAAACGCAUGGAAAUCAAACCAGAGUACUUAUUACCAGACCGCCAUGUGAAUGAAGUAUACCUGUCGUGCGGACGAGAUGAAAAUCCGACGUCGAGCAUUAUAGAACAUUGCAAUAUCUAUUCUAAAGAGGAAUUUUUCAAAAGGUUCCCACAAGGGAUUCCACCGAAGAAAAAGGACGACUUUGCUCGAAAUUUUUUUGUUGAUAGAGGAGUUCACUUAAAAUUCAACAAGUAUACCGAACCCCUCAAUUGGUCAGAAUAUUCUCAUAAUUUAGACAAAAUAGAAGACUUGCUGGUUGAGAUGGAAGAAACGCUUAGAUUACCGAAGAAGAAGACGAGUUCUAGAGGCAGAGGCAGAGGUCGGCCAAAGAAAAGAUCAGUCUCAGAAGAUGUUGAAGGAGAUAAUGAUGACUAUAAUCUAAUGAAGGAAGAAGAAAUUCCAUCUUCUGAUGAUGCUUCCUCCGUAGUAUCUUCGUCCGAUGAAGAGUAUGAAGUACCCAGAACUCCUAAAAGAAGGAUUAAGCGGUCAAGGACUACGCCAAGCAGCGCAAUGUCUACACCAAGAAGAACUGGCUAUAAGCAACCUCUACAGAUCACCCCCCUUCCACUACGAAUGUUAUCGAUGAAAGAAUUUCAAAAUUCGCCUCAUAGAAAAGCGAGAGCCAUGCUACAUGUGUCAGCGAUUCCUAACACUCUUCAAUGCAGAGACAAUGAAUUUACUACCAUCUUCACUAAUUUGGAAAGUGCAAUCGAGGAAGAAACUGGUGGAUGCUUAUACAUUUCUGGAACACCAGGCACUGGAAAAACCGCUACUGUACAUGAAGUUGUAUGGAAUUUGCAAGAAAUGGCCAGAGAAGGGCAGCUAGCAGAAUUCACGUUCUGUGAAAUUAAUGGAAUGAAGGUAACGAACGCGAAUCAGGCAUAUUCAUCAUUAUGGGAAUCCCUGACUGGCGAACGUGUGACACCUCUUCAUGCUAUGGAAUUACUAGAUAACCGCUUCAACCAUCCAUCGCCAAAUCGAUGUUCAUGCGUUGUUUUGAUGGAUGAGUUGGACCAACUAGUAACGAAUAAUCAAAAAGUGUUAUAUAAUUUCUUUAAUUGGCCUUCUCUUCCUCAUUCACGGCUUAUUGUUAUUGCUGUAGCUAAUACGAUGGAUCUUCCUGAACGAAUCUUGUCGAACCGCAUAUCCUCCCGUUUAGGUCUUUCAAGAGUGCCAUUUGAACCUUAUACCCAUAACCAAUUAGAAACUAUUAUAGCUUCCCGUCUGGAAGAAGUAAAAGAUGAAGAACUGUUUUCUUCUGAUGCUAUUCGAUUUGCUGCAAGAAAAGUGGCUGCUGUCAGCGGAGACGCCCGUCGAGCUUUGGAUAUUUGUCGGAGAUCCUCAGAAUUAGCAGAAGGCAAAAAUGGAAAAGUUACCCCUAUAUUAAUUCAUCAAGCUAUAACGGAAAUGACUGCUUCUCCACUCCAGCGUGUUUUGCGAGAUUUAUCUUUUAUGCAAAAAGUAUUUUUAUGUGCCAUUGUUAACCGCAUGCGUCGUUCAGGGUUUGCGGAAUCUUACGUCUACGAAGUAGUUGAAGAAGUGGAUCGUUUGGUAAAAUCAAUGACUAGCACAGAUGCAGCCGAGUUUGGUCAACUUAUACAACGUCGUCCAGAAUUUCACUAUAUUUUAAGCAGCCUAGGUGAAACCGGCGUUUUAUACGUUGAAAAUAAAAGCAGUAGAAAUGCUCGUGUUCGUCUUGCCAUAGCGGAUGAUGAGAUAAAACUUGCUUUCAGUGGAGACACGGAACUUAAAGGCAUAGCAUAA